UAAACACAUACAAAAUACUUACACCAAACCAAAAAUAACCUAUUUUUAAUCACACAGUGCUUUCAUUUUUGAUGCCAAGUACCAGAUAUACGAUUGGUCAGUGGUUCUGACUCAUGCUGUGGAAGAGUGGAGAUCCGUUAUAAUGGCCAGUGGGGAACCGUGUGUGAUGAUGACUGGGACAUGAAUGAUGCUGCUGUGGUGUGCAGACAGUUACAGUGUGGAUCAGCCAUCAGUGCACCUCAAAGUGCCACCUUUGGUCAAGGCAGUGGAUCGAUCUGGCUGGAUGAUGUUAAAUGCUCAGGAAGUGAAGGAACCCUCACACAAUGUUCACACCGUGGAUUAGGAACACAUGACUGUAAUCAUAGGGAAGAUGCUGAUGUUGUUUGUUCAGGUGAGCUGCAGAUGCCGACCCUUUCCCUGACCUCCACACAUGCAGCUGUUUCUCAUGGAGAAAAUAUCCAGUUCAGAUGCACAACACCUAAACCAAGAUGCAAUGUUAAUGCUGAAUUCCAGCUCUUCAGAAAUGGUUUAUCUGUAUCCUCCCAGACACGUAUCUAGUGUGACUUUCAACCAUAAUGUAAACGUCUCACAUCAAGGCAGCUACAGCU